AUGGCUACUCAAUAUCAACCGCAGUCUGAAGAAAAAUUUGUAACGAUAGAAACAAGCGCUGAGGAGCAACGACGUAAAGAAGGGAAAGCCAAAUUGAUUAUUUUGAUUAUAAUUGGCAUACUUACAGCUGCUUAUGGGUCAUGGAACGUUUACAGAAUGGUUAUCGCAGUCCGUAGCCCUGUGGUUACCAUGAGAACGAGUAUAAGGCCGAAAAUACCGGUCCCAGGUAUGGUAGUUUGUGGUCAUUUAGAUUUACCACCAGAAUGCUUUCGAUCCGCAUUUAAUGCGGCGGAUGAUGAUCAUACAAAGGGUCUUAGUUGUAAUCAACAUUUAACAAAUUCCAAAACGGAUGCAACUCAUAAAUUUAAUCCAUACCAGAAAUUGAACGGUUCACUCGGUGAUGAUGCUUUAUUUUUUGAUAAUGCUACACAAAAGAUUGCUAUCGCGUUAUGGCAUAGUGAAAAUGCUAAUAAUACACUAGGUGCAAUUACUCAAGAACGAUGGUUUUUUUUUGGAAUUUUUGCCGAGCGAGACGAUCCAAACAAUGUCAAAUUCCAAAUUGUAAAAAUGCCUUCUAUCAGUUACGUUUACUUCAAAAGGAUAGAACGAUAUGAUGUUGUUCGAUCAGAUGCCAUAACGGGGGGUGGGUCAAUUUCAUCAGAGUUGAAGCCAGAAGCAAAAGUAGAAUUUGAUACAACAUUCUCAAGUUUUUCUAUGCCUGGAUUUAUAAUCAGUCCUAAUUUAUGGGAAAUAAUUAGAAUCAUUCCUUCGAAUUAUGUCACAAAUACGGAGUCUAAUAGUCAAGAGUAUCCAGUCACAAUAUAUUAUAAUCGUGUUGAAUUUACGCUUCUUCAAUUGGCGGCCAACAUGGGAGGAUUUGUUUCAAUUUUAAGUGCUGCAUACUUUAUUUUAUUCGGUUCCCGAAAAGUUAAUCCAUGGGGAUUAGUACAACGUCACAUACUUAAAAACGUUCCAACUCCACCACCGGUAUAUGUACCAUCGGUUAAACCAUAUUCCGAAAAAACGCAAGAUAUAGAGAAAGGUACUAUGGAAUUUCAAUCACAACCAGAAGAUCAAAAUAAUAUAUACCACCAACCUACAACUUCAAGACCUCAAGUACAUGAACUUGAUCUUCCCGUACAACACGUAAGUAGACAUCAAGUUACAGGAGAUCAUUAUACCCCUAUGACACAAGGCACCUCGGAACCUAUAAGCCCAACUUACCCAGUAUAUCCAAUUGGACCACAAGGGCCACAAAUGCCACCACCAAUAUCGCCACGUGGUUUGAUAGUACUUGAACAAGAUAUGGAUGAUCCUCGCAUUCAAAGGAUUCGUCAUGAACUCAAGGCUGAAGUCCAAAUAACUAUAGCGCGUGAACGUUAG